UUUACAGAUGGGCCAGCGGAUAAUUUUUCAAUGAGUAUACCGGCUCUUUAUAGUCAUAUGGCCAGAUUUACAGCAGUUAUGCUCAUGCUUCGUUUAUUAUGGAUAAUACCACCUUUGUGGGCUGUGGAAGAUGUGUUGAUGGACUCAACAACAGCGACAGCAGAGCUGGGCUGGACAAUAUACCCAUCAUUAGGGUGGGAGGAGGUGAGCGGCUACGACGAGAACAUGAACACCAUCCGCACCUACCAGGUGUGCAACGUCUUCGACACCAACCAGAACAACUGGGUACGCACCAAGUACAUCCGCCGGCGCGGCGCCCAGCGCAUCCACGUUGAGAUAAAGUUCUCUGUGCGCGACUGCAGCAGCAUCCCCAAUGUCCCGGGCUCCUGCAAGGAGACCUUCAACCUCUACUACUUUGAAUCGGACUCAGAUGUGGCCACCAAGGCCUACCCAGCCUGGAUGGAGAACCCGUGGGUUAAGGUGGACACCAUUGCGGCUGAUGAGAGCUUCUCGCAGGUGGACCUUGGCGGCCGAGUGAUGAAGAUCAACACUGAGGUGCGCAGCUUUGGCCCUGUGUCCCGCCAUGGCUUCUACCUGGCCUUCCAGGACUAUGGUGCUUGCAUGUCCCUCAUCGCUGUGCGUGUCUACUACCGCAAGUGUCCCCGCGCUGUGCGUAACGGCGCCGUCUUCCCAGAGACCCUGUCCGGGGCCGAGAGCACCUCCUUGGUGGCGGCCAGGGGCACCUGUGUGCCGAACGCAGAGGAGGUGGAUGUGCCCAUUAAACUGUACUGUAACGGAGACGGCGAGUGGUUGGUCCCCAUUGGCCGCUGCAUGUGCAAGGCGGGCCACGAGGCUGUGGAGAAUGGCACCGUCUGCAAGGCGUGCUCCUCGGGAUUCUUCAAAGCGUCCCAGGGAGACCAGCAGUGCCUGCAGUGCCCCAUCAACAGCCGCACCACCACCGAGGGGGCCACCAACUGCGUCUGCCGGAACAGCUACUACCGCACUGACUCGGACCCCGUCCAGAUGCCCUGCACAACUGUGCCGGCCGCCCCCCAGUGGGUGAUCUCCAGUGUGAACGAGACAUCGCUGCGGCUGGACUGGGGAGCACCGCGUGAGAGCGGUGGCCGCGAGGACGUCGUCUACAAUGUCAUCUGCAAAAGCUGCGGUUCAGGCCGCGGGGCCUGCACCCGCUGCGGCGACAACGUGCAGUUCUUGCCGCGCCAGCUGGGCCUUGCCGAGCCCCGAGUGCACGUCAGCAACCUGCUCGCUCACACGCAGUACACCUUCGAGAUCCAGGCGGUGAACGGCGUCUCCGACCAGAGCCCCUACUCGCCCCAGUUUGCCUCGGUGAACAUCACCACUAACCAGGCCGCUCCAUCAGUGGUGUCCAUCAUGCAUCAGGUGAGCAGGACAGUAGACAGCGUCACACUGUCCUGGUCACAGCCAGACCAGCCCAAUGGAGUCAUUCUAGACUAUGAGCUGCAGUACUAUGAAAAGAACAUGGCAGAGCUGAAUGCUUCUGUACUGAGGAGCCAGACUAACACUGUGGUGGUUCGGUCACUGAAGCCAGGGGCUAUCUACGUGUUCCAGGUACGAGCACGCACUGUGGCUGGCUUCGGACGCUUCAGUGGAAAAAUGUACUUCCAGACCAUGACCGAAGAGGAGUAUAACUCCAGCCUUCAGGAAAAACUGCCUCUCAUCGUCGGCUCGGCUGCUGCAGGUGUUGUUUUUCUCAUUGCGGUCAUCGUGCUCGUAUUCGUAUGCAACCGGAGAGGCAGCGACAGGACAGAGUCAGAGUACACAGACAAGCUGCAGCACUACACCAGCGGCCACAUGUCACCUGGUAUGAAGAUCUACAUAGAUCCUUUCACUUAUGAAGACCCCAACGAAGCAGUGCGUGAGUUCGCUAAAGAGAUCGACAUGUCCUGUGUGAAGAUCGAACAAGUCAUCGGCGCGGGUGAGUUCGGGGAGGUGUGCAGUGGAAGCCUGCGUCUUCCUGGGAAGAGAGAGAUCCUGGUGGCCAUUAAGACGCUGAAGUCAGGCUACACGGAGAAGCAGAGGCGGGACUUCCUGAGCGAGGCCAGCAUCAUGGGCCAGUUUGACCAGCCCAACAUUAUCCACCUGGAGGGGGUGGUGACAAAGAGCAGCCCUGUCAUGAUCAUCACUGAGUUCAUGGAGAACGGCUCGCUGGACUCCUUCCUCAGGCAAAACGACGGGCAGUUCACUGUGAUCCAGCUGGUGGGAAUGCUACGUGGCAUCGCCUCAGGGAUGAAAUACCUGGGUGACAUGAACUACGUGCACCGUGACCUGGCCGCCCGCAACAUCCUGGUCAACAGCAACCUGGUGUGCAAGGUGUCCGACUUCGGGCUCUCCCGCUUCCUGGAGGACGAUGCUUCAGAUCCGACCUACACCAGUGCCCUGGGGGGGAAGAUUCCCAUCCGAUGGACUGCCCCAGAGGCCAUCCAGUACAGGAAGUUCACCUCUUCCAGUGAUGUGUGGAGCUAUGGCAUCGUCAUGUGGGAGGUCAUGUCCUAUGGAGAGAGGCCGUACUGGGACAUGAGCAAUCAAGAUGUGAUCAAUGCCAUAGAGCAGGAUUACAGGUUACCUCCUCCUAUGGAUUGUCCAAAUGCGCUACACCAGCUAAUGCUAGAUUGCUGGCAGAAGGACCGGAACAACCGGCCUAAAUUUGGCCAGAUUGUGAACACCUUGGAUAAAAUGAUCCGAAACCCCAACAGCCUAAAGGCCACCACCCCGCUCUCUUCAGGCAUGCACCUACCUCUCUUGGACCGCAGCACACCAGACUUCUCCAGCUUUGGCAGCGUGGCUGAGUGGCUGGAUGCUAUCAAAAUGGGCCAGUAUAAAGAGAACUUUGCCAGCGAGGAUUUCAGCACCUUCGAUGCUGUUUCCCAAAUGACUCUCGAUGACAUCCUAAGAGUGGGUGUCACACUAGCUGGCCACCAGAAGAAGAUCCUCAACAGUGUGCAGGUGAUGCGAGUGCAGAUGAACCAUGUCCAGUCGGUGGAGGUCUGACCCUCAGGACUGGAGGCCAGAGACGGACGGCACGUGCUCGGGCUCCCCGGGCUGCUCUUCCCCUCGGACCGACUCCCUCCUCCGCCAGCCCCAGCUCCAGAGCUCAGCGGUAGCCUGUCCCCACUGGGGAAGGUCCCUGCUGGGGAAGGGCCCUGUGAGGCAGGGCCCCCACUGGGGGGGACUCCCACGCACCACUGCCCCUGAACCCACCAGCACGCAGCAGGUGGGAUGCUGCUGGCCCGUGUCCUGCUGACAUUGCGGUGUCGACCACUGGACCCUUUUCACUCUCAUGUACUGUGGUACGUUGAUGACGAUGGUGAUGAUUAUAAUGACAACAGUAUAAAGGAGCCAAGGUAAAACAGCUUUGUCCUUAUUAUGAUCAUCACCAUUAGCAUUGUUAGUUUUGAUCCAUAACUUGAGAAAUCUGUAUUGAUAGAUUGCAAGGCUACCCUUUAAAAGGGCAAUAGGUAAAAUCCAAUUAGCUCUGUCUUCUGAAGCUGUGUGUGAGUCUUCUGCUAAGAGCUUUGUUCGUGUUGAGAAAAGUGCAUACAGCAGCACAAUAGAGUGUGGAGGGAAUGAUGUGGGUUUGAUUUGGAGUCUAAAAUGGAUUGUGGGCUAAUGGAAAAAAAAAAAGCCUCUUCUGUUGCUGCCAUAUGGUAAGGAAGGAAUCCAUGUGGCAGCCCAUUCCUAAGAGGACCCUUGUAGAAUUCAUGCUGUUUAAAAAUUUGUGAUGAACAGAGACUUGGAACAUUAUUUUUAAUGAAUAUUGUGGUGAUUUUUUUUUUCAUGCUUUUGGUAUAUAUUUAUUUAUUUUGUACAUUUCGACAUGAACCGUGCAGUCGUUAUUUCCUGACAGCCUUCCACACACUCUCGUGUAAUGCGUAUAUAUCAAAGGCACUCCACUUCCUGACUUCACCACUGUCCUGACUUGCCGUUCCAGUGCAACUGGAGCGGGCUGCGUGGGUGUGGUCGCGAACGGCCAUCGCUUCCGCUCCCGAUGUUCGUACAGUAUGCACGCCUUGGUGACAAAGUAAAUGUUGACAUGACUUUGGAAUGAGAUGUCAUGUUUUAAGAGCCUUGACUGUUCUUUUCACUCCCCCCGCCCCCCUCUUCUAGCUGUGUAUAUAGUACGUUUCCACUGCACAUGGAAUAGUGGCGUGUAUUGAACGGUGCAGUCAGGUGUGUGCUGUUGGCAUACACUGGCAGCUGGUGGACUCUGAGCAGUACUAGCCUCAAGAGGGCUGACCUAAAGACACUUCACAGGACACUUUGUUCAGUCUACGUUUUUAUAUAUGUUGUUUAUAAUUGUUGUUUAUAACUCAUUAAACAUUGUGAUUUUUAAUAUAACGUACAUUAUCCAGUAUAGUAUAAAGCAGUUGAUGCAUUUUUAGGAGUGUUUGGCAGUAUUUAUGCCAUGUAUUAACAUGACAGUCAUAAUUAUUUGAAAACCGUCCUCAUCCAAGCUUCCAAGAGUUUUUUUUAAUAGAUUUAACUUUUGAUUAGUCUUAAUUCCAAUCCUUCCAUCUUGAUUUUCCAUCUUGAUUCUGCUUUUAUGUCUGACUGUGGUUGAAUAUCACUGUGGAAUUGAAUGGAACAACUGGGCUGUUUCCUGCAUCACACACAGCGACAGACAGAGGGUAUCUUGAUUCACUGUAGUAAGUCCCACUCCUUACAUCUCUAGGGGACUUUGUUGAGCUAGAACACUGGCCGGAGGAAUUUUUUUAAACGCACACCUCCUUCCCUGAGAUAGGUGUGGCCAUUCAUCCAAGCAGUAUCAAUGUGAUCACCUGAAAUUCAGUGCUAUCUUUUAAGCUGUUGAAGAGGUACAUGUUUUUCCACAAAACUCCUGUAAAGUACUCCGCUCUGUAAAUGUCUUCUUUUUUUUUCUCUACUACAUGCAGUGUGGAUUUAGGAAAAAUUUAAAGACAGAUGUUCUAAACACUGCAAAUUACUAACCCAAAUGUAUUCAUUGCAUUUACACUGUGACAAUCAUGUCCUGAAUGUGCUUCCUUUCACAUAGUAAGCCAGUCUUCCACUCCUGACCAACUCUCAAGCAUAUAUGUUUUGCUUUCUUUCCUUGGUUACAGAGUUCAUUACAAGGAUGUGCAUAUUGUUUUGCCAUACCUUUUUGAUCUUCCCAAAGGACAGUUAUACUGUCAGAGAAUGUGGAAUGUGUGUAUGUGGUCUGUGAGCAUGUGGUCUGUGUAGCAUGUGAAAGUGGUCUGUGAGAAUGUGGCAUGUGAGCGUGUGGUCUGUGAGCGUGUGGUCUGUGUAGCAUGUGAGAGUGGUCUGAGAAUGUGGCAUGUGAGAGUGUGGUGUUUGAGAGUGUGGUGUUUGAGAGUGUGGUCUGUGAGUGUGCGGUCUGUGAGCAUCUCUCAUGUCCAUGCCUUUUUUCCAAGCCAAGCCCAUUGGUUUCACCUUGCACCUUGGAUUAUUGAUGAAUGACAAGUAGGUCAGUCAAAGAACUGAAAAAGUGAGUGCGAUCAAUGCUGGUUGUUAUAAGGCCAGCUGUCCUGUGAUGUACUGCUUAUUUAAGAGGAUGUUUAUUGCACUUUUACCUGCAGAAUGAGUUGACUAAAAGAAUUACAUUUUGCCAAGAUGGGUGCUGUUGUAAUUAGGAGAACACACUUUCUGUACCCUCGAGAAUGGAACAAAAGUAGAAAACUAAUGAGGAUUCAGUCUCAAAAAAUGUGUGAAGCUUUUCUCCCACUAGACAACAACUAUGGCUACUCACUCCGAAUUCCUUUGUCCUUUUUUUAAAAUGAGAAUGGGUCAUUAUGUAAAGAGGGACAUUUGGUGCCCCAGAGUCUGUGGCCAUGGUUAUAUAUGGAUAUACAAAGCUUUCAGGUUGAUGCUAUCA